AUGUUGGAUUUCCGCCCACAAUACUGGUCGCUCAUUGCGAUUCUCCUCGCUAUUAUUCACCCUUCCGCAUCCUACCCAAUUGUUCGCACCCCCAACUGGAUCAAAAAGGGCCAACAUUCGGACUUAGCAGCGAGAGGAACCCGGAAAUUCUUUGAGAAGAAUGCAUACAGUUACGGGCCUGCGCUACCGCAGCUUAAGUCUCUAGGGACACCCUCUCAUAAUUUGGACGAAAGCACAAUUGAGCGAGGGCCUCCAGGUCGCCUGUACAAGCGCGAUACAUCAUAUGGGAAGACCGUUGUAUCAGUCCUAGUACCCGUUGCGCCAGACUCUUUACCACCUCCGCCACAACCACAACACCACCGCUACGAUGCGAACGGCAUGCCUCAAGAACCAUCUUUCGAAAUGAAACCCUAUGCUGAUGAUGAGGAUCACUAUGGAGAAGUCAUGAAGCAUCCACAACCCUCCAGCGGGAAACAGACUAGUCACACAACAACAUUCUCAUCUGCGACGUUGAAACUAGCAUCUGGUAAUUCCAUCUCGUUCUUUUCUUACCGAAUUUCACUGCCUUUCUUGAAAUUUGCGCCCGCCAACUUCCCGCAAUAUCCACUUCCGAGAAUCUUCACGACCGUCAUGGUCCUUCUUGCUAUGGUAUGGAUUGCAAUUUUCAUGAUCGGACUGGUAGAAUUGGGCAACUAUCUAUGGAAACGAAGGGCUACGAGACAAGCCGACCGGGAUGAAUAUUUAAGUGAAGCGUCAAUUGAUGAGUCGGAAGAAUUGAUCAAAGUGCAGAUGAAUGUUAUGGUCCUUCCUCGACCUGACACGGAUCAUGAGGAGGAGGCUACUUCACUGUCAAGUAGAUCCGACUCGGACUCUGGAUCAGACUCGGAGAGGGAUGACUAUCGGUUUUGA